AUGCCUGAAAAUGACGAUAUAACCUGGCAUGAAGAUUUGAUGAACUCUAGGGAAAAAACGGGCGGAAACUCGCAGCUCUCGCCAAGUUUUUUGCGAAUCAUGAACCGCCGAAUGAAUCGUAGCGGUCGGGCUGGACCUACCUCUCCAGCGAGAAGGAAAGCAGCUGAGAAGGUCAAGGUGAAAAUUGAGGGUCGCAAAGAUCUUCUGCAGAUUUUGGAGGCUGAAAACUCAGCUGCUGAAAAAACAGAUCAGACUCUCGCUCUUCAUGAACCAUCUCAGGAACAAGAUUAUGAUCAUCAUGACAGCAAUAGUGAAAGCUCUUUAGCAGACAGCUCUAAUGGUUCAGAAACUUCGGAAGCGCCAGCAACCUUGAAACGACGUAAACGGGUCCCGAGCAAAUCGCCUGCUAAACACAGUGAAAUAAAUGCGGAAUCCGGCCUGCAGUCACCUAGUAAGCUGAAAAGCGAACCAAAUCCACAUUCGGGCUUCGUGACGGCCAACUCGUCGCCCAUGAAGCCACUGGUUUUCUCAUCGCCGGCCAAAUCUCCAUCUAAGCCUUUACUGAAUAAAUCACCUUUCAAGAUUACUCUAAAUCGAAACUUCACACCUACACCGUUGCCCUACGAAGGCGAAUAUCGGCCUCCUCAGGAGAAGCACCUCACUUAUUUUUUUGACGGCUUUGAGGGCUACAUCGAUCAAAAAAAGCCAAUUCGGGCAAACAAGAAAUCCACCAAUUCUAUGGCAAUGGCACCACAGAUAACCAGGGAAGAAUUCUCGCUUUUAUCUAACACACUCAACUCUUGGGUGCAUCGCAAUAGCAAGCGCUCCUUACAACACAUUCAACGCGCUAUGUUUCCACAAUAUUGGUUUGAGCUCGAUCAAGGCUUCUCACUGCUGUUCUACGGAAUCGGCUCUAAGCGCAAGUUUCUCGAAGAAUUCGCAAUUGAGUAUCUGUCACCACGACUCACGGUGUCAGAACAAUUGAAUUCUGAGCCCCUCGCAACAGAUGAAGCUGGCAUCAAAGACAAUUCUGAUGAAGAUGAUGAUGACGCCGAAGUUGAUGGGGUGCCUUGCGUUGUAAUUAAUGGCUAUAACCCAACUUGUAACUAUCGAGAUGUGUUCCAUUCGAUCUCCGAGAUCAUGCUGAAGGAGGAGCUAUCGAAGUCAGAAACCAAGUAUUGGAGCAAUCAUGUCGAAUUGCAGAUCAACAAGAUGAUCGAAAUAUAUCGCAACUCACCGCCUGUUAUAAAGCUCAUCGUGCUGGUGCACAAUCUUGACGGACCUAUGGUUCGGAAAGAUCCGUUCCAGAGUAUGCUAAGCUCGCUUGCUCGUGUUCGCCAAAUAGCACUCGUCGCAUCCACGGAUCAUAUCUACGCUCCGCUUUUAUGGGACCAUGUUCGCGCUCAGAACUUCAAUUUUGUGUUCCACGACAUUACCAAUUAUGAGAGCUACGCUGUGGAGUCAUCAUUUGGCGAUGUGUUGAAGCUAGGUAAAAGUCAGGCCAGCACAGGUGCUGAGGGCGCGCGCUACGUUUUGGAAUCUCUAACAACGAAUUCGAAGCGAAUGUACAAGCUGUUGAUUGAAACUCAGCUGAGUGCAAUGGAGGAGAACUCGCAGGCUAAGGUUUCUGCCAACAAGAAGGGCACCCAUGUUUUUGGCAUCGAGUUUAAGCAAUUUUACCAUAUGUGUGCAGCCGAAUUUAUUGCAUCCAACGAAGUAUCUCUCCGAUCCAUGUUGGGAGAGUUCAUCGAGCACAGAAUGGCCGCUCUGACCAAAAACAGAUCCGGUGCUGAAACUCUUUACGUACCGUAUGCGUACUCAGAGAUGAAGACUCUUCUAAGAGACGUUCUGGACACUUAA